AUGAGGUUUCGAAAGUACAGCAGCCUAUACACGUUCUUUGAGCCAGAUACGGAGCUCAUUGGAAUAAUACCUCGAUUAGUAUCUGGUUUUCAUUAUUACAUUAAAAUAGUUGUGUACAUUGGAUAUUUGACGUUUGCAUUGAACCGUCUAACAUCAGCCAUAAACAUCUCAUCCUAUAACAGUGUGAAUGUUUCAAUAUGGACUCCGCAAUUGAUGAAAAAUGUGAGAAUUUUGAAGUGGACAGUUCCGUUAUUAGGUGUUAUUCCAACACAUGCUUGGCCUGGUUUUACGUAUUGGUUCCUAGUGACCUCUACAUCGAUUAGAUUGACGAACGACUCUUUAUCGACAGCUCUUGUGGCUUACGUCGACGGAAUCUGCUGUCUUGGAACAUGUAUUUUCUGCAUGGUUUGCUAUAGUGCAACUUGUUUUUUAAUAAGGAAAAAUUGGAAACGUGUUAGGAACGAUUCGGUUUUCCGAAAAAAUGCUGCCCAGUCAGCGGCUGAACGAAGUUUGCUGGUCUCUGCAAUCUUAUCUUUUGUUGUCUUGAUUCUGAAUACAGCUGUUCAAGUUGUAACUAUUCUUAUAUCUUGGGGAGGCGCAACAACAUUACUUUUCGUUCAAGAUCUUUCAUAUCCAAUGAUUGACUUAAUGUACUCUCAUUUUCCAUGGGCACUAUUAGUCACUUCGGGAGUGUUGAGAAAGCAGAUGAUAUAUGAUACCAAGAUAUUCUUACGAACGUAA